AUGGCCAGGUUCAUCCAAAUGGCGGUGAUGCUGGGUAGCUCCAAGCUGGCACACGGCUCCUUCGGUUUCGAGGAGAGGACGCCGGGAGCGGAGCCGGUGCCGCAAAUGAAGAGGGAGUUGCCGACGCGCAAAAUGUGCCUGGAGGCCUUUGGUCGCACCCAGUACGACAUCCUCAUCAUUGGCGGAGGUGCGGUGGGCGCCGGUUGCGCCCUGGACGCAGCCACCCGUGGUCUGAAGACGGCGUUGGUUGAGGCGGAGGACUUUGGUAGCGGCACCUCCUCCAAGUCCAGCAAGUUACUGCACGGCGGUCUGCGUGAUCUGGAACAGGCCGUAUCCCACCUAGAUCUGGCUGCCUUCAGGAGGGUGCGCUGUUCCCUCAUCGAGCGAAGUCACAUUGGCAACAUGGCUCCGCAUCUUAGCCAGCCGGUUCCCAUCCUCCUGCCUGUCCACAACUGGUGGGAGGCGCCGCUCUACUACAUGAAACUGAAGCUCUACCAUCUAAUCGCUCCCAAGGGCACCACCAAGACCUUCCAAUACUUGAGUGCCGACGAGGCGGUGGAGGUGUUUCCCAUGCUCCGCCGUCAGGAGCUGUUCGGGGCCUUUGUCUUCUACGAGGGGCAGCAUGACGAUGCUCGGAUGUGCCUCUCGGUGGCCUUGACGGCCGCCCGCUACGGCGCCGACAUCUGCAAUCACAUGAAGGUGGUGCGGCUGCUGAAGAACAAGGAGGGCCAUGUGAAUGGCGCCGAGGCGGUGGACCAGCUGACGGGCAGGAAGUACACGAUACGGGCGAAAGUAGUGGUCAACGCCACCGGCCACAUGAGCGACAACGUCCGCCGCAUGGAGGAUGCCGACGCCCAGCCCAUGUGCACCCGGAGCUGGUCAUCGAUUAUUGUAAUGCCCCGCUUCUACUGCCCCGAGGACGUUGGCGUCUUCGAUCCCCACACCACCGACGGGCGGUCUAUCUUCUUCCUGCCGUGGCAGGGCCACACCCUGGUGGGAACCAGCCACGAGCCGAGGGAUCCCAUGGAUAAUGCCAGCCAGCCAACGGAAUCCGAUGUGCAGUAUCUACUGGAGGGCGUUAAGAACUUUGUCAGUCCGAGUUUUGAUGUCCGCCGGUGUGAUGUGCUGGCCGUUUGGGGCGGCUUUAAGCCCCUGCCCGUGCCGUCGGAUUGCCUCCAUUAUACGAAGAUGAAAAACCAUGUCAUCAACCUGGGCCCCAGCAACAUGCUCUCGAUUGUGGGUGGCACCUGGUCCUCUUUCAGGACUGUGGCCGAGAAGACCGUGAAUGCAGCCAUUCGCUACGGAGAACUAUCGCCUCUGCGUGCCAAUUCGGUUACGGCGGAAUCGUGCAAACUGGACGGAGCCAAUGGCUGGAGUCCGAAAAUGUUCAUCCGGCUAGUGCAGGAUUUCGGGAUGGAGCGCGAUGUGGCCGAGCACUUGUCCAACACAUACGGGUCGAAUGCUUUCAAGGUCGCCGUUACCGCCGAUAGAAGCGGCAUGGCCUGGCCCAUUGUUGGUAAACGACUGCAUUCGGAGUUCCCGUACAUUGAGGCCGAGGUCAGGCAGGGUGUCCGGGACUUUGCUUGUACGCUGGAGGACAUGGUGGCCCGACGGCUACGAGUGGCGUUCCUUAACGUCCAGGUAGCCGAGGCGAUACUUCCGCAGGUGGCGAACAUCAUGGCCAAGGAGCUGCAUUGGUCGCAGGAAGAGAAGAAUCGGCAGAUUCAUAAAACGCGCGCCUUCCUCCACACCCAGAUGGGCCAACUGACUAAGGAGGACUCCCCCCACAUGACCAUUCCCAUCAAAAUGUCCGUUAAUCAGGUGCGGAUGUACGCCACGCAGUUUAAAGUCUUAGACGAUAAAGGAACCGGCUACGUGUCCAUCGCCGACUGUUGCCGCGCCAUGAAAAACCUAGGUGUGAAGGAGGUGCCCCUGGACCUAAUGCAUAAUGUGCUCCGCGAUAUCGACUGUCACGCCCAGGGAAAGGUGAAUCUCUACGAGUUCCUGUUGCUCAUGUCGGCUGUCGUGCACGGUGAUAUGGCGUACCUUCGCUACGCCCGGCUGUACGUGGACUACAAGAAGAAACAGCCAGGCAACUAUAUACCCAACCUGGUGCCAAUGGAGCGGGCGGGUGGCGCUCUGUGAAACUUUACGUACAAUAUUUAGAAAGCAGCCUUCGUUAACUGUUUUAGAUUACACGUAGGAGCCAAUCCUUACAGGGAUCGCAGCAACCUUAA